UAGAAAUAAGAUGGCGGCCUACUGAAGAGAACACGUGGAUUUCCGAAACGUCAUAACUAUGUUUUCGGGAUAACAAACUAUUGGAUUUCGCACUCGACGAUCCCUAUUUAACGAAUAAUUUGUCAGUUUUAAAUUGUGUAGAUGCAUGUUUUGAUUUUAAUACUGUAUUAAGGACGUAAUUAUAAUUGCUAAAUCCACAGAAAUUUUAUCGAUCUUCAUAACUACUAUCAAAAUUUAAGUUUCAGAAAUGUAUCAAUUAUAUGUGCGGUGCGUAAAACUCCACUUUGAUUGUCUCUUAUAUAUGAAGUGAUUUUUUUUUCUUUUAAUGUGAACAUUACAUGCUUUUGAUAUGAGAAAACUCGGCAGAACAUUUAGGAUCCGUAAGAAGAAACGAAACAAAACGCCCUUUUUUGACGAUUCCAUUGAAGAAUUAUAUAUUUGGAUGAGAAAUAAAAAAUUUCAAAUGAAGAAAGUAAAACCAGCCUUAUUCAAUGAUACUGGGAGAGGAUUAAAAUCUUAUGAGGCUAUUAAUGCCGGUGAUGUUUUAAUAUCUGUACCUUAUAAUUCACUUAUUACUUAUGGAACAGUGAUGAGUUCUUACUUGCAUAUUAUUUUAUCUAAAUAUCAUCAAAGUUUAUCAACUAUGGAAAUGAUUUCUGUCUUCUUGAUGUGUGAGAAACUUAAAGGAUCGUCGUCAUAUUGGUAUCCUUACAUAAAAAGUUUGCCAAAAGAAUAUGUAUUACCUGCAGCUUUUCCAUUGGAAAUUUUGAACUGCAUUCCAAAAAUUGUUGCUGAAGUGGUCAAACAACAAAAUGUUUUGUUGAAAAAGACUUUUAAGAGAAUAAAAAAACUGUUGGAUGCUAUUGAAAAUCAUUUUAAGGAAUUUUUUGGCUUGCUGACUUAUGAAAUCUUUCAGUGGUCUUGGUUGUCUGUGAACACAAGAUGUAUUUAUAUGAAAUCUGUAAAGACAAAUAAUGAUUCGCUUAGAAGUCACAAUGAUUUGGCAUUAGCUCCAUUUUUAGAUUUGUUAAAUCAUUCACCAAAUGUCCAGUCAGAUGAAAUAUUGUUAGCAUUUCAUUCUGUAGCAAAUGAUACUAAUAUAGAAGAGAAAAUUAAUUUUUUACAGCAUUACAAUCUUAUAAGAAAAUUAGGAUGUCACAGAGAAGGCUUCACAUGGAAUUUGGAUAUCUGUUUAAAAGUACUCUCUUCAUCAAAUUAUUCCAGGAAGAAUUUAGAAGAUAUAUAUUUCAAUAACUUUUAUAAUCCCAAAGAUGAAAACAUGUACAAAAGAAUUUCAAAACAAAUUUUAAAAACUAAAUUAAAGGAACAUUCUUAUAAUUUUAAUGACAAAAAGUCAUCAUCAUUUACAUCAGAAUGUUUGAAAUUAGUUCAACAGUUCUGUGAUGAAGAAAGAAAUCUGUUAAUAAAAAAUUUGUCCAUAUUAUAAAAAGUAAAAUGUAGUUUUGUGUGAAUAAUAU